UUCAAAUGCUACGACCACCUCCAAUAACCACCCCACCCCCGCUCAGACCCACAUCCGACGCGGCUCUGAGAGGUCACAGCCAAGAGUUCAGACGCCUUCAGCGCGGGCCUUUAAASCAGCGGCGCGCGGUGGGGCUGCCCCGGAGUUCAACUUCCGGCCACAGAGUGAGAGGAUGUUUUCCUACUGGAGCUGAGGCCGCGAAGACGCGCCCUAGCCACGCCCCCGGCCACGCCCGCCACGCCCGGCUUUCCGGACUCAAGCCGGCACCCGCACGCGGGAAGGACGGGGCUACGUGGGCGGCUGCUGCGGGUUCGCCUUCGCCCCGCAUAGCUCAGUCGCGCGGGGGCACGCCCCUAUCCGGCGGAGGGCGCGGCAGCGGCGGCGCGCGCGCUCCCGGUGCCCUCCCCAGUGACGUGCCUGGCCAGGGCCGCGCUAGGGCGCUGUAACUGCCAGUGCCGCUGUCAUGGCGUCGGAGGCGCUGGCUGAGGAGUGCUGGCCGCGGUCUCUAUAGAGCCAGGGGCGGGCGGCCGGCCGGGUAUGGAGAGCGGCCCCGAGAGCCUGCUGCCGCUAGAACACGGGGUGGCGGCCGGGCCAGGGCCGGGAACAGGUACUCCCCCAGAAGGACUACAGGAGACCAGGCUUGCCGCUGGAGAUGGUCCUGGAGUACGGGCGGCGGAGAACGGCAGCGGGAAUGGGCAGGGGGCGGCGACUGCCAGAAGCCCUCCARACUCGGCUUCACCCGCGGGCUCUCCUCAGACUCCUGGACUCUGCAGCUCCUUCCCGGGCUUGGACUUGAAGGAGACCGAUUUGGAGCGUCCUGCUCCCGCGAAGGCGCCUCUGAGAGGGCAGCACAAGGUGACCGCCUCCCCCGAGACAGCCGAGGCCGUUGCGGGCCUUGRUUUGGGUCCGGCUGGAGACUCCGGGCCCCGCCUGGAUCCUGCCGACACCUGCCGAGCAGAACUGGCGGCCGCCGGCUCCGAGGAGCCCCGCAGCGCUGGCGGCCUCAGCAGCAGUUGCAGCGACCCGAGCCCUCCUGGGGAAUCGCCAAGCCUGGACUCCCUAGAGUCGUUCUCUAACCUGCAUUCUUUCCCCAGUAGCUCCGAAUUCAAUAGCGAGGAGGGAUCAGAGAACAAGGUUCCSGAGGAGGAGGAGGGCGCGGCAGUAUUGCCUCAGGCUGCCCCUCUGUGCAGAGAGGAGGAGGAGGACACCGCUCAGGUGUUGGCAGCCUCCAAGGAACGCUUCCCGGGACAAUCUGUGUAUCACAUCAAGUGGAUCCAGUGGAAGGAAGAGAACACACCCAUCAUCACCCAGAAUGAGAAUGGACCCUGCCCAUUGCUGGCCAUCCUCAAUGUUUUGCUUCUGGCCUGGAAGGUGAAACUUCCACCAAUGAUGGAAAUCAUAACUGCUGAACAACUGAUGGAAUAUUUAGGAGAUUACAUGCUUGAUUCGAAGCCAAAAGAAAUUUCAGAAAUUCAACGUUUAAAUUAUGAACAGAAUAUGAGUGAUGCUAUGGCAAUUUUGCACAAACUUCAGACAGGCCUGGAUGUAAAUGUCAGAUUCACUGGUGUUCGAGUGUUUGAAUAUACACCGGAAUGCAUAGUGUUUGAUCUUCUUGAUAUUCCCUUGUACCAUGGGUGGUUAGUGGACCCUCAGAUUGAUGACAUUGUAAAAGCUGUUGGUAACUGCAGCUACAACCAACUAGUGGAGAAGAUCAUCUCUUGUAAGCAAUCAGACAAUAGUGAGCUGGUUAGUGAAGGCUUUGUAGCUGAGCAGUUUCUAAAUAAUACAGCCACUCAACUGACAUACCAUGGAUUAUGUGAACUAACUUCAACCGUUCAGGAAGGAGAACUUUGUGUGUUCUUUCGGAAUAAUCAUUUUAGCACCAUGACCAAAUACAAGGGUCAACUGUAUUUGUUGGUAACAGACCAGGGAUUUCUUACUGAAGAAAAAGUUGUUUGGGAAAGCCUGCACAAUGUAGAUGGUGAUGGAAAUUUCUGUGACUCAGAAUUUCAUCUUCGGCCUCCUUCAGAUCCUGAAACUGUAUACAAAGGACAACAAGAUCAAAUAGAUCAGGACUAUCUUAUGGCAUUAUCUCUACAACAAGAACAGCAGAGUCAAGAGAUGAAUUGGGAACAAAUCCCAGAAGGAAUCAGUGAUUUGGAACUAGCAAAGAAACUUCAAGAGGAAGAAGACAGACGGGCUUCUCAGUACUACCAGGAACAAGAACAAGCAGCAGCAGCUGCUGCUGCUGCUACUACUACUGCUAAUACACAGGCCCAGCUGGGCCAGCCGGCACAAGCCUCACCAUCAAGUGGAAGACAAUCUGGGAAUAGCGAACGGAAACGAAAGGAACCUCGAGAAAAAGAUAAAGAAAAGGAAAAGGAAAAGAAUAGCUGUGUCAUUUUGUAACAAGUACUAGAUUCUGUUGGAAUCAYCUAUAUGUGUUGAGAAACAAGACCACAUGAGGAAAGGAAGAAAAACCGAUAAUACCGUCUGUGCCUGAUUUCCCAUUGGAUUUUGUUCAUGUUUUUCAGGGGAAAGGUUGUUACUUUGUUACAAUCAGACUUCUUGAAGUCACACAAUAUACUCUUUAUGAGCUGGAGUUUCAUGUUACAAGUUGGAAAUGCUGUGUUGUCAUUCAUGAAGAAUACUGCACUUGUAGCCAAAUAAGCAAAUCACAGCGAAUUUUGUGUCAUAGUGACAUUCAUAAUUCAUAUCAGUUAGUAAGCUAUUUCAUCUUCUAACAAUGAAUGGAGGUAUUUGAUUUAGUCUGAUUCCUUCCUGAAAUCUAAGUAUUAGCACAAUAGUUUCUGAAAUUUUUGCAACCUUAAAUUAUGAUCUAAUCCAUGAGAAACCAGGGGUUUAAUAUGGAAUUUAAAAAAGAAUAAAUAAAUAAAUAAAUAAAUAAAUAACAGGAAUAAAUGAUCCUUAAUUGUAUAUUGAACUAAUUCAGCCCUUGAACAGCUUUAUCUUUCUCUAGUAAUGUACAUUUUAGAUAUUAAGAACAAAUAAUGGAGCUUGGAUUUAAUUUAGAUAGAAAAAAAAUAAAGAUUUGUAUUUCUUUUCCAAUAGCAAAAAAAAAAAAAAAAUUAUAUAACACUAAUACUUACAACCUGUCCAAAUCACAUAUUAAUGACUUUAUAGUGUUGUGAAAUUUUGAGGAAUUUCUAAGUCGUUAAGUAGGUAAUCUGGACCAUAGUUACUAUUUAUUAACCAUGUGACAAGUGAGUUUAAGGAGGAAACCACAGUGGAUGCUAGGCCUUGUAAAUAUGAGAGUGUAGGAAAGUAGAUAGUUCAUUGUCUACCUUUUUUUAGAAUUACCUUGAACCUUAAAUUUUAAAUCAUGUUUAUUACUAGAAAAUUAAAUUAUUAAAAAACCAACAAAAAAGCACAUUUCUAUAAGAAGUAAAAGAUAAUCUCUGAGUCUAGUGAAAAGACAUUAAUAAAAAUCAGAGUAGAUAAGAGUUUAGAGGAAUUUAUGUAAAAGCAAGCAGAUUUUUUAACUUAUGAGAACCAAAUAAACAUAAAACAUAGUGUUUAUAGAAUUCAGAAAAAAAUAUUUAUUUAACUUUAUUAUGAGGCAACACAUAUUUUCCUGUAUUUCUAGAUAUAGUUUGGACAACUAUCCUUAAUAUCCUUUUUAUAUGCUUUAUAUUUAAAGUUUGUUUUUAGUCAUUUUUGAAAAAAAAAUGCUGCUGCAAAUAGUAUAUAAUUUACAUUCUAAGCCUCAAAAAAUGUGUUUAUUUAGGAACAUCAUAACAUGACCUGAGCAUCCACUUGGAGARUAUUUCUUGUGGUUUGGGGUGACAAAAUUUUGACUACAAAAAAAGUGAUCUAGAAUUUUUUUUAAAGUUAUAUCAUUAACUUUCUCUGUGAUCCAAAACCAGUUAUAGAAUGACUCUAUAUGUAAAAAGUAAAGUCUUAUUUAUGGAAGGAAUUAUUCUGAGGGGAAAUAAAUCCAGGGCCAAGCAUAUCUUUUACAUCCUUCUAUUUUGCAUGUCUAUUUGUGUUAYAUAAUUUGUUAUUUCUUCAGAUUUCCUAUUCUAGAAUGAUAAAUCAUCAGAGAACCUGUUUGGGGUAUAAAACUUGGAUACAAAAUAUUUGGUCUCUUGAUUGUAACCCAGAAUAUCUGGACAUUGGUAAAGUACAGAUAUACUAUAGAACUCUACAUUGGCUUAAACAGGUUGGUCUUAAUCCGAGUUUACUCUUGAUAUCAUUCUGUUGGUUGAAGGAGAAAACUCAAACCUCAAAGUUUGUUCUUCUCAGAAUAAAUAGUAGUGACAGUGCAUUAUAUUUUAAUAAAAAAAAAAAACUUGAUAAUUUACAAAAGUAUAUUUGAGGCAUAUUUUUCCAUAAUUAUAUACUUAGCUAUUUAUUACCCUUGAAGAAUAUAUGUGUAGAAGUUAUUUUUCUGUUGUUUGUUCCUAUCUUCUUAAUUUGUUCCAAAGAUAAUACUGCCAUUCAGCAUUCCCUCUAGAAGAAAAAAAAAAUCACUCAAAACCAGCAAUGCUGCUAUAAGAUAAGUAGAUGUCAAUGUGUACUUACGAGAAAAAAUUUUUAAAAAUGCAGUGUGUUUGUUAAUUCAGUCUUUUUCUAUGUAAUAUUUACAAAUCAAACUUUAUUACAUUCCUGGAAUUCAGUUUGAUAUACCAAUAGUAAUAAUGAUUAAAUAUUUACUUUGAUUACUGUGAGGGAAAAUUAAAUGUUCAAUUCUAUUAAAACAAACUUGUCAAAGAAACUGCUCUCCUUGCAAAUAUAACCUUAAAGGUUACAAAGAAUCUAGAGCAAUUGUGUCUUUCUUUAAUUUGCUCCAGGUAACAAAUUAUACAUUCAGGCAUUUCAUUGCUGGUUUGCAUUCAGAAGAAUUUGAUGUUAGUAUUUUAAAGCAGUUUUUUUCCACAAUAUUUUUUAAUACUUGAAAUUGUUACAUAUACACUGCUACCAGAAAUUAGAAUUUAAACCUUUUUGAUUUUAAUAUUUAUAGAGUAGAUCAUGGGCACAUUUGAAUCAACCAAAUCACUGUUAAGCUAGUAAAAGAGGCAGAUGAAUGAAUGGCUGUGGUCACCAUUUUUUCCUCUUGCUUUUGAAAAGAGUAUUCCUUACAUUUUUAUUAACAAUAUGAAUGAGCAUUUUCUUGUCAAAUCCCAUUGCAUCAACAAUGSUGUGAUUUACAGUAGUUUAUUGAUAUUUACAAGCACUCAUUGCAUGUGCACAUGUAUGUGUAUUUCUGAAGCAAGACGGCUUCUCAAAGCAAUUUGGGAACUUUCCCUCAAAUUUUAAAAUCACCAUUUUAAGAAUAUUUACACACCUGGACUGGGAAUAUGGCUCU